CUCCCGGUCUUUAAAGCCUCGCCGCUCCGGGGCCGGGCGGCGGUGCCCGGGAGCUCGGCGGAGGUCAGCCUGGUUUGGGAAAAGUUGGGACCGAACUUUUGGGACAGGAGACCGGGACCGGCGAGGCCGUUCCCGUGGCCUCGGGGCUGCAGGGUCGGGGAGCUCCAGCGGAGCAGAGGGGCUGCCGGGGACCGCAGGGAAGCGGGGACCCCUCGGGGUUCCCGACCCCGCUGCCCCCGGUGCCGCCGAUGACCCUGAACACGCAGCGCGGGAGCAAGAGCCCGCUGCGGAGGAGGGCCAGCACCCCUCUGCCGCGGCCCGGGGCACCGGCUGCCACGGCACGGAGCGAGCCCGGGCACCCCCAGCUCGGCCACUCGUCCUCGGAGCCGGGUGGCAGGGCUGCGGCACCCCGGGGCAGUUGGUCCUCCGAAUCCUCGGGCUCGUCGGGGUGCUGGGAGCCCCAGUACCGCGUGGUGCUGCUGGGGGACCCCGGCGUGGGCAAAACCAGCCUGGCCAACGCCUUCGCCGGCGUCCAGGAGCGGGAUCUGCUGGAGCAGCACGGAGAGGUGGCCUACGAGCGCACGCUGUCCGUGGAUGGCGAGGAGACCACGCUGCUGGUGAUCGACGCCUGGGAGCCCGAGCGCAGGCAGGGCGAGGAGAGCUGGCACCGCAGCCACUGCCUGCAGGUGGGGAACGCGUACGUCAUCGUCUACUCCAUCACCGACCACGGCAGCUUCGAGAGCGCGGCGGAGCUGCGCAUCCAGCUGCGCAGCAUGCGGCAGGCCGAGGACAUCCCCAUCAUCCUGGUGGGGAACAAAUCCGACCUGGUGCGCUGCCGCGAGGUCUCUGUUGAAGAAGCCCGUGCGUGUGCCAUGAUGUUCGACUGCAAGUUCAUCGAGACGUCGGCCGCCCUGCAGCACAACGUGGCCGAGCUCUUCGAGGGGGUGGUGCGGCAGCUGCGCCUGCGCCUCGAGGGCAAGGAGGCCGGCGCGCACCCCGCGUCCGUCCACAAGCGCAAGGAGAGCCUCACCAAGAGGGCCCGGCGCUUCCUCGACAGGUUGGUGGCCAGGAACAGCAGCAAGGUGGCCCUCAAAGUCCGCUCCAAAUCCUGCCACGACCUGUCCGUGCUCUGAGAGCCGCCGCGGACCCGUCCCACCGGACUCGGAGGUUGGGGACUCCCCUGUGCCAGCAGCUCCGCGGGUGCACGGAGAGACCGCAGGGGCCGGAGCGAUGCUGAGGACACGGAGCUGUUUUAAGCGGUGCUGGUGGACACGCGGGGUGCUCUGGAUCCAGCCGCUACCCCUCCAGGAGAGGGGCUGAGCGGGGCUGGGUCCCCCGAGCUGCACGUGUGGGACGGGCACCUUGGGGGUGGGAGCCCGGCUGCCCCGUGCUCUGGGGGGCCAGGCUGUGUCCCUGCAGGGCUGGAGCCGUGCUGGAGGUUUCCAGCAGCUCAGCAGGUCGUGGCACUCGUCCUUUGUGGGGCAGGAGGGGGUAGGAGGGCACGGCAGCAGCACCCCCGGCCCCUCUGCGCCUGGGUUUUGCGCUGCGUCUCCCCUAGCGCUGGCGUUCUUCCGACCCAGGAUUUUUCUGCUGUCUUUGUCCUGGUGCGAUGGGGAAACCCCUGCAUCCACUGAAUAAACACCGUCGGGGAUGUGCUG